GGGUAUAAUUGAAUAUUAUUCAAGAGGAAAGGAUAAAACUUAGGAGUUGGAAACAUACAACUGCCCCUUUCCAUAAACCUAAAAUAAAACCGCUUAAAUUCAAACCUCUUCCUUCUUCCAACUCUUUUACUAAUUCUUUCAACAAAUCCAAAUAAUAAUAAUAAUGGAUCUUCCUCUCUUUUCUUUCAAUGCCCAACGGAGUUCUACUACUACUAAUUCCCGUCGGAAGCCUACUAAAUUCAUCAAAACAACCACCCUCAAUAAUGCUUCCGCCACACCCCACAACAUCACUCCCCCGUGUUCCGAAUGCGGCAAGAAAUUCUGUUCAUGGAAGGCUCUUUUCGGCCACAUGCGCUGCCAUCCCGAGCGUCAAUGGCGAGGAAUCAACCCACCCCCUAUUUUCCUCCAUCCUCCCUCCGCCGCUCAACUAGAUCAUGAAAUCGCUACCUCUUUGAUCAUGCUCUCAAAUGCCCCACCGGACCCCGGACGUGGAACUUCAGAGGGCAGAGAAGCAGUGGUAGUUUGUGAGCACAAACCAAGGGCACAUUCUGGAUUAUUGGACUUGAAUUUGCCUCCUCCAAUGGAGGAGAUUGAACAGGAAUCUUCAUCUCCCUAUUCAUCAGGGAUUGUUUUGGAUCUCAGAUUGGGGCUUAAUUAAUUCAACCAUUUUUACAUUUCUUUUCUUCUUAUUUCCUCCAAAUAGGGAAAAACAAGAGUUUGUGGUAAGUAUUACACUAAUUAAUUAACUAGGAAGGACAAACGUGUGAAGUCAA